CUGCGGUGUGCGGCAAGACGAUGGCGGCCGGAGGCAGUGAUCCUCGGGCUGGCGACGUAGAGGAGGACGCCUCACAGCUCAUCUUUCCCAAAGAGUUUGAAACAGCUGAGACACUUCUAAAUUCAGAAGUUCAUAUGCUUCUGGAGCAUCGAAAGCAACAAAAUGAGAGUGCAGAGGAUGAACAGGAACUUUCUGAGGUCUUCAUGAAAACUUUAAACUACACAGCCCGUUUCAGUCGUUUCAAAAACAGAGAGACCAUUGCCAGUGUACGUAGCUUGCUGCUCCAGAAGAAGCUUCAUAAGUUUGAGUUGGCCUGUUUGGCCAACCUUUGUCCAGAGACUGCUGAGGAGUCCAAGGCUCUGAUCCCAAGCCUGGAGGGGCGGUUUGAAGAUGAGGAGCUACAGCAGAUUCUUGAUGACAUCCAGACCAAGCGCAGCUUUCAGUAUUAAUCUCCAGAUAUCGCUGCUGCUGGGGGAACCACAUCACAUCCCCAGCACAGCACCGCUGGCCCAGGAUCCAGGGCCGACUUGCACAGAAAAUCUAUUGCAGAAGACACUUGGGCUUCCUUUGGAUAGAACCCAGUGCUUGGUCUUGGUUUAGGUUGCUGUUUCAGGCUCGACUGUUGGACCCUGGUGGCCAGCGUAACCUUGGAGAGGCCUUGCAGCGGCUGCCUGAGCUUGCCUCUGCGGAGGGUGAGGUGGGGUGACGUGCAUCUAAGCCACACUGCUGGCGCCUCAUAUCACGGUCUUUGGCCCUUGUGUUAUUUUUGGUUCCUAAUAUUUCAUGUUUUCAUUUCA